GGCAAGCUCUGAGACAAUGGAGUAGCAACAAUGAAGGAAGAUGCUUUAGCUUCUUCAGCUUUUGCCCUAAAGCUUAAUACUAAUAAGCUUAGGCUUAUGCUGUUGUUGGUGUCCUUGUGUUUUUCCUUUCUCACACAUUUUUCACUUUCAGAAGUCAUUUUUGAAGAGCGCUUCCAUGAUGACUGGCAAAGCCGUUGGGUCAAGUCAGAUUGGAAAAAGAAUGAAGGAAAAGCAGGUUCUUUUAAACAUACAGCUGGAAAGUGGUCAGGAGAUCCAGAUGAUAAAGGUAUUCAAACAUCUUCUGAUGCGAAACAUUCUGCCAUAUCUGCAAAGAUACCAGAGUUCAGCAACAAGAACAGAACAUUGGUAGUUCAAUAUUCUAUAAGACUUGAGCAGGAUAUUGAAUGUGGUGGUGGUUACAUAAAGCUUCUCUCUGGAUUUGUGAAUCAAAAGAAAUUUGGCGGGGACACUCCAUACAGUUUAAUGUUUGGACCAGAUAUAUGUGGCACGCAGACAAAGAAGCUCCAUGUUAUACUCUCCUACCAGGGCCAAAAUUACCCCAUGAAGAAGGAUUUAGAAUGUGAAACAGACAAGCUUACUCAUUUUUAUACAUUUAUUCUUAGGCCUGAUGCAACAUAUAGCAUCUUGAUUGACAAUCGGGAGAGGGAUUCUGGAAGCAUGUAUACAGAUUGGGAUAUUCUUCCCCCACGGAAAAUUAAGGAAGUCAAUGCGAAAAAGCCUGCAGACUGGGAUGAUAGGGAAUAUAUUGAUGAUCCUAAUGGAAUCAAACCUGAGGGAUAUGAUUCAAUUCCAGCAGAAGUGCCCGACCCAAAAGCUAAAGAGCCUGAUAAUUGGGAUGAAGAAGAGGAUGGUAUAUGGAAGCCCUCAAAGGUACCUAAUCCAGCAUUUAAAGGACCAUGGAAGCGCAAGAAGAUUAAAAACCCCAACUAUAAAGGGAAAUGGAAGAUUCCUUGGAUUGAUAAUCCAGAGUUUGAAGAUGAUCCUGAUCUUUAUGUGCUUAAGCCAAUCAAGUAUGUGGGAAUUGAAGUUUGGCAGGUUAAGGCUGGGGCAGUUUUCGACAACAUUCUGAUUAGUGAUGAUCCAGAUUAUGCCAAACAAGUUGUUGAGGAAGUAUUUGCCAAUAGGGAGGCUGAAAAAGAGGCAUUUGAGAAAGCAGAACAAGUGCGAAAAGCACGAGAGGAAGAGGAAGCUCAAAGAGCAAGAGAAGAAGGCGAAAGGAGGAGAAAAGAGAGGGGCUAUGAUCACCGCUAUCGAGAUAGAUAUAAAGACAGAUACAGAAAGAAUCACCGUCGUGAUCACUUUGAUUAUGAUCAUGAUGAGCUUUAAAUGGCAGUGUGGGUCUUUUCUCUCUUCCUACUCUUAGGAGUUUAUGAUGUGGCUCGUCAAGAAAAAAAUGGAAUCAUUUAUAGCCCAUAUGGAAGCCAAGUUGGGAAGGGAAAAAAAUGGAAUAAGAAAAGGAAUGUUUACCAACAAAUUACUUUCUAUGCAAAUCCCUUUUUCACUUGCUAAUUUUGGUGCUUUCACUGUUUCUAAAGUAAGCUAGGAUCUCCUUGAGUUGCUGUAACAAUUGAAUAAAGGAAAUGUAAUUCGCUUUUGAUGUCAUUAAUUUCCAAUGUUUGUAUAAAGACACAAGUCAUGGAAUGUCUUUAUAUGUUUCAAAAGUACAUGUGCUACCAACAUUAUUGUCAA